UCUCUGGUUGCAUUUCCAGGACUCCUCCUCCUGCGGUAGACACAAUUGUUCCGACAACUGGGACCUUUGUGUUCCUGAGAGUUCCUUGUUUGCUUCCGCUUGCAUAAAAGAGCUCACCAAACCCUUUCCCAGGGGAGUUGCUCUGGCUUACGAACUACUUUCUGUUUUCAUAACUAAAUCAAGAUUAGCAAAGAUGACACCCCCAGAUCCUUACCUUCGGCAAGACUGGCGGAUCGUGCGCGGGGUUCCUAUGGUCUGUGCAUUUUCCUUUGACUGGGACAGGAUUGACAAUUUUCAGAGCAGGCCUGGCGAUAUCUUGAUAUCCACAUACCCCAAAUCUGGCACAACGUGGAUGUGUGAAAUUGUGGACAUGAUUCUGAAUGAUGGUGACACUAAUAAAUGCAAGCGAGAUGCAAUUUUCAAUAAAGUGCCUAUGUUAGAAUUUGCUGCCCCAGGGAAGAUGCCACCAGGCACAGAACAACUGGCUCAGAUGACUUCCCCUCGAGUGGUGAAGACCCACCUGCCAGUCCACCUGCUUCCCAAGUCCUUCUGGGACAAUAAAUGCAAGGUAAUCUAUGUGGCUCGCAAUGCAAAGGAUGUAGCCGUAUCCUUUUACCAUUUUGACUUAAUGAACAAGCUGCACCCAGACCCUGGAACCUGGGAUGAAUACCUGGAGAAAUUCAUGGAGGGUCAAAUAGCUUUUGGUUCCUGGUAUGACCAUGUAAAAAGCUGGUGGGAUAAGAGGAAUGACCAGCCCAUGUUAUACCUGCUCUAUGAAGACAUGAAAGAGGAUCUGAAACGUGAGAUUAAGAAGGUCGUGCAUUUUUUGGGAAAGGACCUUUCAGACACAGUGGUGGACAAGAUUGUUUGCAAUACUUCCUUUGAAAUGAUGAAGGACAAUCCUGCUACAAACUACAGGAUGGUUCCAGCUGCUCUGAUGGAUCAAAGCAUCUCCUCAUUCAUGCGCAAAGGAACUGCUGGCGAUUGGAAGAAUUACUUCACUGUGGCACAGAAUGGAAAGUUUGAUGAAGAUUAUAAGAGGAAAAUGGCAGACACAACCCUGCAGUUCCGAACAGAGAUCUGAAGUUCCCUAGAACUUCGGGUGCUGCUUCCCUUCUGCAGUUCUGUGCACAUUCGAGCAUUUUAUGGAGAUCCUGGACUGCUGCUAAUCUCUCUUUUUUGAAAGAGAGAAAAAAAAAUCAAGUUUCCAGUUCAGGGAUCCAUGGAUGUAGUAUGUGCCAUGUCACAGCUGGGAAAGACGUCCAUCUGUCAGUGCUGAGGAGGCAGUUUGGGUUGAGGGCCGUCCGUCCUUCCUUUUGAAAUUCCUCUCUCUCUCUCUCUCUCUCUCUCUCUCUGCUUUCAUUUUGCAACCCCUCUCUUCUCCAAACAUUUCUUUCUGCAACUGCAAACUUCUGAAUUUUCAAAAUUCUUUAAAAAAUUCUUGUUAUCACAAACAAUUAGAGAAUUAAAGAACAGUUUAAGAGAAAGGAUAAGGCAAUUAAUUAGUACAUUCUGUAGUAAAUGUCUUGGAAAUGGUAAUUUAAGGUUUAGCAAGUAUGAAAUAAAUACACUCCACAAUA